AGGGUCGGGAGUAAUUAGAGAGAGAGGGAGAGGCAGACGAGAGAGAGAGGACACAACGAGAGGAGAGGGACGAGAGAGGAACUCUGAGGAACUUUACCAACCAAAAGAAGAGACACUGGGAAGGAGGAUGUCAUCCCUGGAGCAAGUCAGACUUAAUGUGUGAAUCCUUUCUGAGUUGGGACUCUGCUGAGUGUGUGAGUGUAGAGAUCCACUCUGAGUGGGUUCUCUGCUGAGUGUGUGAGUGUGUUAACUCUGCUGAGUGUGUGAGUGUGUUAACUCUGCUGAGUGUGUGAGUGUAGUGAUCCACUCCUAGUGGGGACUCUGCUGAGUGUGUGAGUGUGUUAACUCUGCUGAGUGUGUGAGUGUAGUGAUCCACUCCUAGUGGGGACUCUGCUGAGUGUGUGAGUGUAGUGAUCCACUCCUGCUGUGUGUGAGUGUUGUGAUCCACUCCUAGUGGGGACUCUUCUGAUUGUGUGAGUGUAGUGAUCCACUCCUAGUGGGGACUCUGCUGAGUGUGUGAGUGUAGUGAUCCACUCCUGCUGUGUGUGAGUGUAGUGAUCCACUCCUAGUGGGGACUCAGCUGAGUGUGUAUGAGUGUGUUAACUCUGUUGAGUGUGUUGGUGAGUGUAGUGAGUCCUCUCUUAUUGGGGACUUUUCAGUGUGUGUGAGUGUGUAAACUCUGUUGAGUGCGUUGGUGAGUUUAGUGAGUCCUCUCAUUGUGGGGAAUGAGUGUGUUGACUGUACCCUAUACGUGUUCUUUCGUUUCGGGGGUCCAGGGGGGACGAGCCGGUCCUACCGCAGUGUGCUUGCGUGUCGAAGGCUCCGCAGCUCCAAGCACCUGUGAGGGUGUGUGAGUUUGUGUGAGAGUGGGUGAGUGUGUGUGAGAGUGUGUGAGAGUGUGUGAGUGUGUGUGAGAGUGUGUGAGUGUGUGUGAGAGUGUGUGAGUGUGUGUGAAAGUGUGUGUUCAGGAUGGGGACCCUCUCGCUCCUCCUGCUCCUCUGCGUCACCGCAGCAGACGCCCAAUGGUGGUCUCUGAUCUUUGGAGGUCUAGACGACACCACCACCACCUCCUCCCCCUCCUCCACCCCCUCCUCCUCCCUUCUCCCCUCCGAUGGGCCAGACCCCAGCCCCCCGGGCGGCACUAGAGAGGGCUUUACUAGUAGAGGGACCACCGGAGACCUGGUGGCCAGUCAGAGGGUUGUUGGGUCCAGCCCCCCCCAGUGGCCCACCGCGGCCCCCCACCCACACAGGACCACAGGGCCCCAGUCUCCCGGCAGGACUCCGGUCCCAGAGAGACCCAACAGCAGCAGAACCAGAGCUCAACACAGACCUCUGAAACUGUGGAGGAGUGACGGAGGGGCUGGGCGUCACCUGGACCUAAUGGCGCUGGUGGGCGUGCCUCUCCCCCCCGGCGUCUCCUUCGCCCGCGGGUUCGAUUCCCUCCCAGCGUUCAGCUUCGGCCAGGAGGCCAGCGUGGGCCGGCUGGCCCGGACUCUCCUCCCCGGACCCUUCUACCGGGACUUCAGCAUCAUCGCCACGGUGCGGCCCAGCGGCCCCAGAGGGGGGGUUCUGUUCUCCAUCCUGGAUAGCGCCCAGCAGGGGGUGGAGCUUGGGCUGGCUUUAGGACCCGCCCAGCAGGGCCUCCAGAGCAUCCUGCUGUACCACCGGCCGCCGCGGGGGCCCGCCCACACCCACGCCGCCGCCCGCUUCACCGUCCCCGAGCUGACGGAGCAGUGGACCCGCUUCACUGUGGCGGUGGAGGGGGCGGAGGUACGUCUAUAUAUGGACUGUGGGGAGGCAGAGCUGGCGGUUUUCCACAGGGGAGGGGCCCCCCUCCUCUUCCCUCAUGACGCCGGGAUCUUCGUCGGGAACGCAGGCGGGACGCGGCUCCACAAGUUUGUUGGCUCUAUCCAACAGCUAGUGAUCAGAGACGACCCGAGGGCAGCUGAGGAGCAAUGUGACGAAGAUGAUCCUUAUGCGUCUGGAGAUUCCAGUGGAGACGACAGAGACAAAGAGGAGGAAAUGAUGAAGAACAAAGAGGAGGAGAAACACAACACAUACCAGGAAGAGGACCGGGAACCAGUGCAGGCUCCACCUACUGAAGCUCCAGAGGCGGAGCCUGAGCAGCAUCCUAGUCAGCUGACCUCGACAGAGGCCAAUGAGGUCGUAGAGAGGACAGGUCCGUACCAGUCCCAGGGGCCAGGGGGGAGGAGCCAGAGUUCAAAGGCGGUCCAUGGAGAAGGCCCCAAAGGCGGGAGAGGAGAGCCAGGCCCCGCGGGGCCCCCCGGUCUCCCCGGCCCCCCAGGCACCUAUCCUCCUGCUCAGGGAGGAGUGCUACUGGAGGCCCCGGCUCAGCCAGGCCCCCGGGGGCCAGCAGGCCCAACAGGCCCUCCGGGACCCAGUGGAGGAGCAGGGAGAGACGGGGCCACGGGAAGCAAGGGAGAAGUUGGAGACCCAGGCCUCAGAGGAGCUCAGGGCUUCCCUGGUCUAGCUGGAGAGGUUGGAGCCAAAGGAGAGAAGGGAGACAGUGGUGUGGGGUUACCAGGGCAACCGGGCCUCCCCGGCCCUCCAGGACCACCAAGAUCACGAAGCGUCCCUUAUGGAGCCGACGCCCUGGGAUCUGGAUCUGAGGACCAGGAGGUCUCGGAGCUGCUCAGGGGCCCCCCCGGUCCGCCCGGUCCACCUGGACCCCCUGGACACGACCCCCUGAACCGCGGCGUCGCCCCGGGCCCUGGAUCCCCUGGACCCCCUGGGGGGCGCGGCCAGGCAGGACUGCCAGGGACCCCAGGCCUCCCAGGAAGAGAUGGGGUAGCAGGUCUUCCUGCAGGUGUGGGAGAGAAGGGUGAGUCAGGACUCCCCGGGCCAGCAGGACCAAAGGGGGAGUGUGGAGCUGUGGGCGUGGCCGGCCCCCCCGGGGUCAGGGGCCCCCAUGGACCCAGCGGCCCCGCCGGCCGCCCUGGACCCCCAGGACCCCCCGGAGGCCCAGGGAGCAGGUUCUUCUUGGAGGACUUGGAAGGUUCUGGAAAGACGGACCUGCUCAUCGGUGCUGGAGUCCGUGGUGCACAGGGUGCACCUGGGCCUCCCGGAGCUCAAGGAAUAAAGGGUAAAGACGGAGUCCCCGGGACACCUGGGCUGUCAGUCAAGGGAGAGCGCGGGGAUCCAGGAGCUGAGGGACAGGCCGGUCUGGCAGGGCUGCCAGGGGCCAGGGGCUCUAAGGGGGAGAAGGGAGCCUCAGGACUGAAGGGGGAUCGUGGCGAGGGCGGGCUGAGUAUUCAGGGGCCCCCCGGCCCCCCCGGGGCGCCAGGACCAAUCAUCAGCCUGCAGGAACUCCUGAACGACACUGAGGGAGUGUUUAACUUCACCGAGAUCAGAGGACCGCCCGGCCCAGUGGGUCCUGAAGGUUUGCCUGGCAGAGCAGGAUUUCCUGGGCCGCGGGGGCCUAAAGGGGACGGGGGCCCCUCUGGGGGCCUGGGGGCCGCAGGCCAAAAGGGAGAUAAGGGGGAGCCUGGAGUGACCAUCGCAGCAGACGGCUCCCUCCUGCUGGGGGCCAGAGGGCCGCAGGGGCCCCGGGGGGCCAAGGGAGACCGUGGCGUUCCAGGCCCUGCUGGCUUCAUCGGGCCCAUCGGUCCCCAGGGCCUCAAAGGAGAAUACGGCUUCCCCGGGCGACCGGGCCGUCCCGGGUCGUCUGGUAGGAAAGGCGACAAAGGAAACUCUUCAGGACCUCCAGGUCGUCCUGGCCCCCCUGGUCCACCGGGAAGAGUUCUGGUGCUGAACGGACAGACAGGUGUUAGAGUAGCUGCAACAAAAGGAGAAAAAGGAGAUGAAGGAAAACCUGGAGAGACAGUGUUGUUUCUCCCUCUCUCUCCCCAGGGUGCUGAGGGAGAGCUGGGCUACAGGGGGGUGAAGGGCGAGAAGGGCGACACCGGCUCCACGGGUCGGCCCGGAGCCCCGGGGCGCCCCGGGCUGGUGGGUCCGAAGGGGGAGUGCACGGUGGGCCCUCCAGGACCGGCCGGAGAGCCAGGUCAUCCCGGGAGUUCAAGGUCCGGACGGCCUGGCCCCAAGGGACCCCCCGGCCCCCCCGGCCCCCCGCCUGCUUACGGAGCAGCUGUCAACAUCCCCGGACCCCCCGGACCCCCUGGAUCCCCCGGGGCCAAAGACCUCUUCAGCCCAGUGAGGUCGUACCAGACGCUCCAGGCGCUGUCCCGGGAGGGGGAGGGGCUGAGGGAGGGCAGCCUGGCGCUGGUGUCGGAGAGCGGGGAGUUGUACCUGCGGACGCUGAGUGGCUGGCGGCCCCUGCUGCUAGGCCAGUUGCUCCAGCUGCCCGCAGACAGCCCCUCCUCUCCUCUCAGCAGAUCAGCAGCACGAAGAGCGAGGACACACACUCCUAGCCAGGAGCUGCAGGAGUCCAGUAGAGGGUACCAGCCCAGCUACAACCUGCUUCCCCAGACCGUCUCUGCAGUACCUGGGCUCCGCCUGGUGGCUCUGAACUCCCCCCUGCGGGGCGACAUGCGGGGGAUACGGGGGGCCGAUUUCCAGUGCUACCAGCAGGCGCGAGCGGGGGGGCUGACCUCCACCUACCGGGCCUUCCUAUCCUCCCACCUCCAGGACCUAGCAACAAUCGUCAGGAGGAACGACCGCCACAGCAUGCCCGUCGUCAACCUCCAUGGGGAGGUUCUGUUCAGCAGCUGGGCGUCAAUCUUCUCAGGGAAUGGGGGCGUGUUUAACCCUGCCACGCCCCUCUACUCCUUUGACGGCCGUGACGUCCUGACCGAUCCGGCAUGGCCAGAGAAGCAGGUGUGGCAUGGUUCGAGUGUGGUGGGCGUGCGAGCCACGACUAGCUACUGUGAGGCGUGGCGGGCGGGCGACCGGGAGGUCACAGGCUACGCCUCCCUUCUCCAGACGGGCCGCCUGAUUGGUCAGCACAGCCGCUCCUGCUCCACCCCUCUGGUGGUCCUCUGCAUCGAGAACACCUAUGUAGCAAACGCACCCCCACCCAGCAGGGCCUGAGGGGCGUGGCUACUACCACAGGGCAUGUUUAGUACGGGGGUGGGGUUAGGGACAGAUGUUACUGAGGGGGCGGGGCCAGGGUAGAAAACCAGUAACUGCCAGAGGGUGAUCGGAGGAGGUCAUGGGGGAGUCAGGAGGGACUAGGGGGGGUGGGGGAGGUCAUGGGGGGUGGAGGAGGGGCUAGGGGGUUUCAUAUGUUAGAUGAAACUAGUUUUUAUUUGACUUCCUCUCAUUUUGUAUUACACGUGUAAAAUUACUUUGAUCAAAACUGAGUUCCUCUUCACAUUCCUACAAGAUAUGAUUGAUUGUUAUUGAUACCUUAUUGAUACCCCAAUCCUAGAGUUGUUUCUAUUUGAUCAAUUCUGCCCCACAUUUCAUUCGUUGUGGAUGUAGUAUUUUUGUAGCUGAUGUUUAGGGUAUUUGUAUGCUAUUAUUUUUGCGUAUUAUUGCUCUCUGUGUGAUUUGAGUUGUUUUAGGGAGUCCGUGUCAACAAUCACCAGUUUACAUUUUCUCCCUUGAUAUAAGGUCUUAAGGUAAUUAAAGAUGAUGAAGUGUCCCUCUUCAGAAUCCACCACAUCACGUUAUGGUGGAAUACUGAAGAUGGUCCCAGCAUACUGGACACAGCUUUGUGUGCAUUAUUAAAUACUUUUCAGUAUUAUUAAACACUGUGCAGCGUUAUUCAAUGCUGUGCAGUAUUAAUCAAUACUAUUCAGUAUUUUGAAAUACUAUUCAGUAUUAUUAAAAACUUUGCAGUAUUAUUAAAUACUAUUCAGUAUUAUUAAAUCCUGUGCAGUAUUAUUAAAUACUAUUCAGUAUUAUUAAACACAAUUUAGCGUCUCUUAAAACGUUUCAGGAUUAUUUAAUGCUUUUGAAUAUUAUCAAAUUCUUUCCAGCAUUUUUAAAUACUUAAAUCAACAAAAUUCUUCUCUUAAUUUAUGUUUUAGGUGCACAGAAUCUGAACAGAUAGACAUAUUUUUUCACUAUGAAUUCUGAAGUGUUGAGUUUUCUAUUUAUGCAAGUUUUGAUUCUAGUUAUGAUCCUAUUUGUUCUGAGGUCAGGAGAAGCUGAGAUGUUGAAGAGGAGAACAAACUUAUAUUCACUGACUCUGAAUUAAAGUCUGAUUUCAUUUUCUAAA